AUGCUUAUGUGGAGCAGACUCGUAUUGGUUGGUGUCUUCUGCUUGUCCUUGGUGUCCUCUGCCAUGGGAUGCGGACCCGGCAGGGGCUACGGCAGGAGAAGACACCCGAAAAAGCUGACACCUCUCGCCUACAAGCAGUUCAUCCCCAACGUGGCGGAGAAGACCCUCGGGGCGAGCGGGAGAUACGAAGGCAAGAUCACGAGAAACUCCGAGCGCUUUAAAGAACUGACUCCCAACUAUAACACAGACAUCAUUUUCAAGGAUGAAGAGAACACCGGUGCAGACAGGCUCAUGACCCAGAGAUGUAAGGACAAGCUAAACUCGUUGGCCAUCUCAGUCAUGAACCAGUGGCCCGGCGUAAAGCUGCGGGUUACGGAGGGCUGGGACGAGGACGGACACCACUUUGAAGAGUCUCUUCACUACGAGGGCAGAGCGGUGGACAUCACUACGUCCGACCGCGACAAGAGCAAGUACGGCACGCUGUCCAGACUCGCCGUAGAAGCGGGUUUCGACUGGGUUUACUACGAGUCCAAAGCUCACAUCCACUGCUCCGUCAAAGCAGAGAACUCGGUGGCAGCGAAGUCCGGCGGCUGUUUUCCGGGAUCCUCUGCGGUGACACUGGAGGAUGGAAGUGAGAGGCUGCUCCAUGAGCUGCGGCCCGGUGACCGGGUCCUGGCUGCAGACUCCCGCGGAAACCUUGUGUACACCGACUUCAUCAUGUUCUUAGACCAGGACUCAAGCACGCGCAGGAUGUUCUACGUCAUCGAAACCGACUCUGGACAGAAGCUCACGCUGACGGCGGCGCAUCUUCUGUUCGUAGGCCACAACUCAUCCAUGAGCGCAGUGUUCGCCAGUCACGUGCGCCCUGGACAGCGUGUGUUUGUGCUCGACACCACGCGGCAGCGGCUGGAGGCCGUGCGUGUAAAACGGAUUUACACUGAGGAGCACGAGGGCUCGUACGCCCCGGUGACAAUGCAGGGCACCGUGGUGGUGGACCACGUGUUGUCGUCCUGCUACGCGGUAAUACAAGACCACGAGCUGGCACACUGGGCCAUGGCGCCUGUCCGGAUGGCGCACUGGGUGUCUUCGUGGCUCUGGAGCGCGCGGAGUGGGGCGCAGGGAGACGGGGUGCAUUGGUACUCCGAGCUUCUGUUCCACUUAGGAACGUGGCUGUUGGACGGACACGCGCUGCACCCGUUGGGCAUGGCCGUGUCCCACAGUUGACUGAGCCGCGGGCUCUGAGGAUUGGACAGACUGACAGACAA